AUGAAAAAUUGUGAUAACGUAAAUAGAAACACCUACGAGAGUGGGAACUGUGCACAUUCAAAGAACACUUUUAUCUCAUCAUCCGUGAAUGAUUCGAAGGAUACUGUAAAACAAAAGACUAAUUUCCUUUCAAUCACAAAAAUUUGUGCAUUUACUAUUUUAGUAUGGAUAUGUCAGCAUUACGACAAUGGUAACAUGAGCAGUUCCGUUUGUUUACGUGACAACCUUAAGAACGCAUUCGGUUUAAAAUCUGAGAGAAUAUUAUCAUCCAAAGAUUCGGCUGAAUUUGAAAUGAUUAAUAGAAACGCUGGAAAUGAAAAGCAGCAGGGAAACAAAUCAGGAAAAUCGAGAAAUAAAAAUUUAAAAGCAUCAUCAGAUGAUUGUGAAAAUAAUGAAGUAUACGAACAGAAUUUAUGUGCAUCUUGUAAAUGUAGUUUAAAAAGCGUAGAUUCAUAUUUUGAGAAAAAAUUGUUCGAUAUCCUGGAUGCAGGAAAUAAAAAGGCUGGAGAGCUUAUGGAAUCAAAUGCUCACAUUAUUAGUGGAUUAAUGAAUUAUUUAAAGUAUGUAUUUCUCUUCUCCCCAGUUUUACUUGAACUUUUAGCAAACACACUUUUAGUAUCAGGACAUUAUAAAUUAUCUCAAUUUGUGUCUACUGUGUGCGUUUCAUUUUAUCUUUAUGUGUUUUAUAAAAUUAUACAAAAUUGCACAGCAGAAGUAGAGAAUAUUGUUAAUAGUAAUGUCAUCCCAUGUAAAACUGGAAGCUGCAAAGAUUACUGUGAUAAGAGUUGUCAAAACACAUGCAACCUGAGUGGAUGCAAUGGUGAAGAAGAAGAAGAAACAAAAAUUUCAAGUUAA